CGACUAUGACUCAAGACUGCCGAGAGCGGGUCAAGCGCCACUAUCUUAUAAAGCCGUUAUUUGCCGUGAAGAGCAUUCGGUUUCUUUUUUUCUUUUCAAAUAUACCUUCCAGUCAGUUGCAUUUGUUUAAUCCUUCCAAGUGCGUGGGAUAGAACAACUUGCCAUGGCCCAACAAGCUCAAUUUGUCACUCUGGAUGUCUUUACAUCCCAGCCAUACUCCGGCAACCCCCUUGCUGUCGUCUUUCUUCCCAGCAAGGAUGGAUUCACAGCCAACAGUCUGACACAAAAUCAGAAGCAGGCAAUUGCCCGCGAAUUCAACCUGUCAGAGACGAUCUUCGUACACGCUGACAACGGACCGAAGCGCACCAUCGAUAUCUUCACCACAUCUUGUGAACUUCCUUUCGCAGGCCACCCAACAAUAGGAGCUGCAUCUUGGUUCCUGAGCCAUUCGAAAGGAAAUGGAGAUGAGAAUGUGAACACAUUGACCACCAAAUCCGGGGAUAUCCCGAUCACCCUCCAUGCUGGACAAAAUGCCGUGGCUGCCAGAAUUGCCCACGAUACUCGCAUCCACGCGGCUCGAUUCCCAGCCCGUGAGCUUCUGCGCCUGCACCGAUCCCUGGAGCCUUUUAUCCAAGCAGAUGCUACUUUCCCUAUCUUCUCCAUUGUCAAGGGUAUGAGCCAGAUUCAUGUCGAGCUGCCUUCCCCGGAAGCUCUUGCUGCUGUAACCACUGCAGCAGAUGGGGAGAUUCCUUCCUCUACCAGUGGAUACCUCAAUAAAGACUGGGAGUCUGGUAUCAUCUUGACUUAUUUCUUCGUGAGGAACGUCAAGGAUUCUCUAACAGGCAAGACGAUAAUCCGAACCAGAGGAAUUCUGGGAAAUCUCGAGGACCCGGCAACAGGAAGUGCGGCAAGUGGAUUGACGUCCUAUCUGACACUGGUGGAGGGUAAAGCCGGGAAUUAUCAGUAUGAUGUCGUGCAAGGAGUAGAAAUGGGAAGACGCAGUGAGAUUGGGGUUGGAGUGGUGAUGAAGGAGGACAACAAAAUUGACAGCGUUGAGCUGAAGGGAAACGCAGUCAAAGUGUCUGAGGGAAGUAUUCUCGUGCCUCAAGAAUAAAUUGUUUUGGAAGUGGGAAUUCACGGGUGAUGCGUGGCAUGGUGUUUUUUCAUAUAUUAGGGAAGCGCAUAGCAAAUAAUAAGAAGAUAUGUAAUAUCAGAGACUUGCAAAUCUGAAGGCAAAUUUUCUCCCUGAUUGUCCUGG